AUGGGUGUACUUGACAUUGUCCCUGCCGGUGUCUUGACUGGCGACAACGUCCGCAAGCUUUUCGAGUAUGCAAAGGAGCAACAGUUUGCCAUUCCCGCCAUCAACGUGACAUCCUCUUCAACUGCGAAUGCGGUGCUUGAGGCUGCCCGUGACAUCAAGAGCCCCAUCAUCAUCCAAGUCUCGCAGGGUGGCUCGGCCUACUUUGCUGGAAAAGGUCUUGCCAACGACAAGCAGCAAGCCUCUAUCGCGGGCGCCGUCGCCGCUGCCCACCACGUCCGCAUCCUUGCAAAGGAAUAUGGCGUUCCCGUAGUGCUACACUCAGACCAUUGUGCGAAGAAGUUGCUGCCGUGGUUUGACGGCAUGCUCAAAGCCGACGAAGACUACUACAAAGUGCACCAGGAGCCGCUCUUCUCGUCGCACAUGCUCGACCUCUCCGAGGAGUCCAAGGAGGAGAACAUCGAGACCUGUGUAGCCUACUUCAAGCGCAUGGCACCCAUUGGCCUGUGGCUCGAGAUGGAGAUUGGCAUCACUGGCGGUGAGGAGGACGGUGUCGACAACACCGGCGUAGAUAGCAGCCGGCUCUACACGCAGCCCCCAGACAUCUAUGACGUGCACACCGCACUAGCCGCCAUCAGCCCGAACUUCAGCAUAGCGGCUGCCUUCGGUAACGUACAUGGCGUUUACAAGCCCGGCAAUGUGCGUCUACACCCUGAGCUGCUCCAGAAGCACCAGCUAUAUGCGGAAGAAAAGACCGGCAAGAAGAAGCCUCUUUUCCUCGUCUUCCACGGUGGCUCUGGUUCCACGAAAGAGGAGAUCAAGACAGCCGUGGAGAACGGCGUCGUCAAGAUGAACGUGGACACGGACACGCAAUUCGCUUACCUAGUCGGUAUCCGGGAUUUUGUCCAGAACAAGUCUGGCUACCUCCAGUCCCAGGUUGGCAACCCUGAAGGUGCAGAUAAGCCCAACAAGAAGUACUAUGAUCCCCGUGUCUGGGUCCGCGAGGGAGAGAAGACCUUGACGGCGCGCGUCAAGGAGGCGUGCGCUGACCUCGGCAACGUCAAUUGUGUUCUGCUCAUCCUCCAGGAUGGUCGUUCGAUUAUAGGUGUCAUGGCUGGGUACGACCAGAAAUCGAAUGUGGUCUUGUCGGAUUCGAAGGAGCGCGUUUAUAGCGCAGACGAGGGUGUCGAGGAAAUCCCUCUGGGCCUCUAUCUUGUAAAGGGUGACCAGAUUGUCUUGAUCGGUGAAGUCAAUGAAGCACUUGACCAGUCCGUCGAUUUGGCGACAAUACGCGCCGAGCCGCUACCUCCAAUUCGUUAUUGA